AUGCACAUCAAGAGCCCAACUCUGAAUGGAUCCUUAAAGAAUUGUGCAGUAGAAGAACUGAGCAAACAGGGCUGCAACAUCAUCAUGUCUGAUCUCUACGCAAUGCGAUUUGAGCCAAGAGCAACAAGAAAUGACAUCAUUGGUUGCCUGCACAACUCAGAACACGUUGAUUAUGGAGUGGAAUCACGGGAAGCUUACAAAAGAAGAUGUUUGGCCAGUGAUUUGAUUGAGGAACAGAGGAAGGUUCAAGAAGCUAAGUUAGUGAUUUUUCAGUUUCCCUUGUACUGGUUUAGCAUGCCUGCCAUCAUGAAGGACUGGAUGGACACAGUCUUGGUCCAAGGAUUUGCUCACAAUUUCCCACAGUGUUAUGAUGAUGGCUUGCUCAAGUAUCCGAGUGCCUUCCAUGUUAAAGCCAACAGCAAUGUCCCUAGAGGACAUCAUGGAGUCUCGGGCACUUCUGCCUUUUCAGAAUCAAAACUCUGCAUAGGGUAA